UUUACUAGAGCGCAUUACGUGCAGAGAUAUGGCGUCGUCGUCGAAGCGUGUCGACCAGAUUGCUGGUCACCUCAACUACCCCAAGGGCAUGUUGGCUGGCCAGACUGCCAUCAUCACUGGCUCGGGACAGGGGAUUGGAGCGGAGGCUGCGAAGCUGUUUGCGAAAGAGGGCGCAAAGGUGGUGAUUGCAGAUGUGGAUGGCCAGAAAGCCGAGGGCGUAGUAGCGGAGAUCAAGGCAGCGGGCGGCAGCGCCAUUGCAGUGCCCGGCGACGUGCUCGACGAUGAGUACAUCAAGACGCUCAUUGCAAAGGCAGCCGAGUUUGGCGGCGGCAAGAUUCACAUCAUUGUCAACAAUGCUGGCUACACAUGGGACGGCGUCAUCCACAAGAUGACGGACAAGCAAUGGCACACCAUUGUCGACCUGCACGGCACGGCGCCCUUCAAGAUUGUCCGCGCCGCAGCGCCCUACUUCCGCGUCAAGGACGGCGAGCCCAGGAACAUUAUCAACAUCUCGAGCACCAGCGGCGUGCACGGCAACGCAGGGCAGAUCAACUAUGCGCUGGCCAAGGCGGGCGUGCAGGGCAUGACCAAGACGAUUGCGAAGGAGUGGGGUCCGCAGUUCGGUGUGCGCGCAAACACGGUCGCUUUCGGCCACAUCCAGACGCGACUGACGGCGGCCAAGGAGGAGGGCGCCUUCAUCACGACGCCCGACGGCCAGAAGGUCGCGCUGGGCAUUCCGCAGGCUCAGAUGGGCGCUGCACAGGCCGACCCGCAUGCAGACAUUCCGCUGCGCAGGCCGGGCACGGCGACAGAGGCGGCGAGCGCCGUCUUGGCCGUGGCCAGCCCGCUGUUCGGCUAUGUCAACGGAGAGACGAUCAAGGUGACGGGCGGGCGGAACAUGUAGGCGCUGGUAGCGGUGAUGAAUUGCAUUCUUUGCGUGGGCGUGGGCGGCUCUCAAACGCUGGCCGUGGGGGAAGUGAAUGGGUGUGGUUUCGAGGGACCCGCUGCACACGGACUCGGCGGGCGGGCGAUGCGCUACGCCAUCCCCAGACGCCUCUGCUGCCAUGCAACCACGUCGAGACGAAA